CUCUCUUCUCUCUAAGUCUUUGAGCUUGGCCGUGUUUCUGACGGUAAGCCGUGGUCUGAACAGAUAGAAGCUUCUUUGCCACGGAAAAAAAGACCAAUUCCAAAUCCUCCAUCAUCAAAUUCCUCUGUUUGGAAAUCAAAGACUUACACUUUUCCACACUCCCAAAGACUUUGAGGAGCUUUGCCAUUAGUUAUUUAUUUAUUUUUUUCAACAUUUUUGCCAAAUAACUCCCUUUGCCUUUGCCUUCUUCACCCAUUUCUCGAAAACCAAACACCCCAACAAAUCCAUUGCCUCUCUCUCUCUCUCUCUCUCUCUCUCUCUCUCUCUCUCUCGGAUCUCUCUGAAGUUUCACUUCUGUUUCGUUCAGAUGGUGUUUGGAGUUCAAUAAGUUCAAAGUUCGAGACUUUUUUGUUGGAACUGUAAGCCCUUUUGUUUGUGCUGGACAAAGAUGUCUCCUGAAUUGACAACAAAAGUUCGACUGGUUCGAUGUCCGAAAUGCCGGCUGCUUCUUGCGGAGUUGCCCGAAAUUCCGGUCUACAAGUGUGGCGGAUGUGGCGUCACUCUCCAAGCGAAAAGUCGAAUAAAUGGAUUGAAAAGCAAGAGCGCUAGCGUAAAUGACACUGAGGCAGCUCAGAGGAUUCGUUUGGAUCAUGGUUCGGAAGAUAAAAAAUCCAGAAGCUCAGGUUGCAAUGCAACUCUUCCUGAAUCUGGAGAAUGCUCUUCAGACCAAGACAAUGAGAGGGAUCAGAGUAAGUCUUCCGAAGGCAACGAGUCUAGCACCUCAAGUACUCCUAAGGCUGCUUAUCCUGAAUCAGGAAAUUGCUUUUCGAAACAAAACAACGAGAAGAAUGAAGACAAGCCUUCCGAAGAACAGAAAUCUAGCAUCUCAAGUCAGAAUGCAGCUCUUCCAUACCAAAACAAUGAGAGGCAUGAGAGUAAAUCUUCAGAAGGCAACGAAUCUAUCAGCUCAAGUACUCGUACAGUUACUUUUGUUGACUCAGAAAAAAGCUUUUCGGACCAAAACAACGAGAAGAGAAAAGAUGCGGCUUUCGAGGACAAAGAGUCUAGCAUCUCAACUCAUAAUGCAAGUCUCUCGAACCCAGGAGAGUCCCUUUCAGACCAAAACAAUGAGAAGAGUGAAGAUAAGUCUUCCGAAGACAAAGAAUUGAGCUCUUCAAGUAAUAAUGCAAGUCUUUUGAUGUCAGGAGAAUCCUCUUCAGACCAAAACAAUGAGAGGGGCCAGAGUAAAUCUUCGGAAGGUUAUGAAUCUAGCAGCCUAAGUCCUGAGGCUACUUUUCCAGGAGAAUGUUUAUCGGACAACCAAAACAAUGAGAAGGAUCAGAUUAAGUCUUCAGAAGGCAACAGAUUUAGCAGUUCAAGUCCAAAAGCUACUUAUCUUGACUUGGGAGAAUGUCUACCGGACCAAAACAACGAAAGCAAUAUGGUUGAGUCUUCAGAAGGCAACAAGUUUAGCAGCUCAAGUCCUGAGGCAACUUUUCCUGACUCGGGAAAAUGCUUCUCAGAACAAGACAAUAACAAGAGUGAAAUCAAGUCUUCUGAAUACCAAGAAUUUGGCAGCUCAAGUCAUGGGGCUACUCUUCAAGAUUCAGGAGAGUGCACUUCAGAUCAAACCAGUAUGAAGGAUCCUGAUAAGUCUUCUGAAAAUUGUGGUCGUGAACAAGUUGGAGAUAUAAACUUACCAAAUGAAGACCAAUAUAAUCAGAGUGAUCGAAAUGAUUCUCGUGAUUUUGAUAGUGAGCAACUUGAAGUUUCCAGUGAAUUUUGUUCAUCGACUGAGUUUGCAAGUGAUGAAGUUAAGGAGACAUUACCAAAAACACAAAAAGGUGCAGAAGUAUUAACAAAUGAUGGGAGCUCACCUUUAGGAGAAACAAAUGUGGAGGUAGACAUCAACAAGGAGAUUGAUUCUGAUUUCCAGAACUCAAAUACUGUAAAUCCAGGAGAUGCGAGGGGAAGUAGUUCAAUUGUUACUGCUCAUACAGCCGUACGGGAAAGCAUUUCAUCGGAUUCCUUUGAAUCUUCUCCUAAUGGACGACAGGAGGAACCUCAGAAUAGUGUUCCCAAUGGCUUUGAUCAUGUAAGGUCUCCUGAUGCAUUUGAAAAUAUAGUUACUGCUCAUAUGCCGGAAAAGGAAAGCGUUUCAUUGGAUUCCCUGACAUCUUCUCCUAAUGGACAACAGGUGGAACCUCAGAACAGUGUUCCCAUUGGCUUUGAUCACGUAAGGUCUCCUGAUGCAUUUGAAAAGAGAGUUACUGUUCAUAUGCCGGCAAGGGAAAGCGUUUCAUUGGAUUCCCUGACAUCUUCUCCUGAUGGACAACUGGAGGAACCUCAGAAUAGUGCUUUUUCCAAUGGCUUUGAUCAUGUAAGGUCUCCUGAUGUAUUUGAAAAUACGGAGUUCUUCCCCAGCAUUGAUCGUAGCGGUGCACCAAGAGAUCUGUCAAAGUCCCCAGCAAAUAGAAGUCAUCAUGCUUAUGAUGCCAGUGUUUCUUCUUAUGAUGGCAUGGAUGAUCAGUACCUCAACCGAACUGCACGUUCAAAUAUUUUUCAUUCUGAAGAACGAACCAGAUGGGAUAAAUUCAUGGCAAGUAGCAUGAUGAAUAAAGAUUCAGGAUUGCAACAUCAACCAAGGGAUCCCUGGUCAAAUUUGCCCAUGAAGAAUGAUCGUGCCAUGAGAUACAGAAAGCGGGAUCAAGAUGCAUCACUGCCGCCUAGAAGACAAGGUCAUCCAAGCAGAGAUUGGAACAGAUUGCAAAGUGAUGAAUCUAUGUAUAGGAUGGCUUUCCCUCGAAGAGUUUCCCAAGGUGGAUACGAAAAUGGAGGCCCUACAAGUCAACUCCAUAAUGAGUACCAGCACAAUUCAGGCUACCAAUCAUCUGAAAUGUCUGUGGAGGCUGAACAGGACAAGAUGACACUAUUGAGAAUGGUUUAUGAACUGCAGGAUCAAGUUAACAGUUUGAAUGGAAAGGCGAGUGGAAGGGUUGCCGGAGGAGCCACUUGGAAGGAGAAGAACAUGCCCCAGUACCGUAGCUAUGAGGCAUUCGAGAAGGAACUCUAUCAUGAUCCAAACUAUCAGAGGUAUCCGAGAAGACACAGGCCAGGCAGCCUCUAUCCCCCCCAGCACCACCGCAAAAACAUGCGCAUACCUUUCUCGAGUCAGGCAACAACCAGCAGGCACCAACCUGAUUCUUCAUAUUUGCAUUAUGGCCCCCAAGACUGGCAGUGCUCAGCACCAUUGUCUCAACCCGUUCGUUGCAGCAACAACAGGUUAUGUAGGGUUCACCCUGGUCACAGUUGCUGGACAUCCUAUGACAAGUCUCGUCCUUCAACUCCUGAACGGUAUAUGGGAACUCCUGAACGGUAUAUGGGAUCUGAUUCUCCUCUUUGGGGCCAUGAAACAAUGUCUGAUGAUCUGAGGCACCAAAGGCAUGAUGCGAAGAAGCUUUACAGAGAGACACAACGUUUGGCUAAACGACAUUUCCGCCCCAUAGCAGGUGGAGCCCCAAUCAUAACUUGUUACAACUGCUCAGAACUGCUGCAGAUACCUGCAGAUUUUCUCCUUUUCAAAAGGAGAUACCAUAGACUUCGAUGUGGGGCUUGUUCGGAGGUGCUCAAGUUUUCGCUCCAAAAGAGAGCUCAUAUUGUCCCCUACGAACAGAAUGCUAUAGCCCCUCUGAGUGAAGUUGGCGACUAUAAUGCUGCCGCUAAUGGCAGUAACUUGGCUCACCAUGCGGAUCCUGUUUCAUGCUCUGAUGAUUAUGGUUAUGGACCCUCUUACUACCAUAGUUACUCUUCUGACGGUGAUCCUGGAGCUUUUGCACCCUCCAACUCUCCCCAAGGUGAUUCAGAGGACCAAAAUAUGUCACAUAAUUCAUUGGAUCCAAUGAGAGAGAGGAAGAAGCUUGCUUUGAGAGAGCCUCAGAACAAAGAUAAGAAUCCAAUUGUAACAUUUGUGUCAGCAAGACCGUCGUUAUCCUCAGAAAUCGAAGAGCUGCCAGCAAAGUCGAGUUCACCACUUCAUCGACUCAUGGGCUACGCUUCGCCAAGCCUAGUGAUUAGAGGGUCUGGAACAUCUCGGACAGGGAGAAGCUCAUACCCAUUGCACAGAUAACUUUGAACCCAAGUAACUAACAGAUUCCUCAGAGUAUGAUUAUAUGAAGCUCCCGAGGGUUUUCCUCAAACGGAAGAGCUUCUUCGUCUCACUCACCGGACCCUGAAGCAUUGCAAUGUUGGAUAAAGUGGAUAGAGCCCUGACGGAAGCAAAGGUUUCCCGGAAGUGAUUCGACGACAGACACUGCUUUGUUUUUGCCAUAUCUACAUGUUAGGACUUGGAAUUUUUUCGCGAAAGGACUUCCCUUUCGUUCUUUCUGAUAUAGUAUCCCACAAGUGAGUAUAUGUUAUAUGUAGAAAUCAAGCUUUCGAUUGUUGUGUGUAUGUACAUGUUUACCAGACUACUAUUUGAUUUAUUUGUUCAUAUGCAACA